AUCUGUGAUCCCCUUCAUUACAUUGCCCGAAUGAGCAGGAAACACUGUGCUGGGCUUAUAACUGCAGCAUUCACUGGUGGAUUUGCUGUCCCUGUCAGCUUUAUUGUACUUUUACCUAAACUAUCAUAUUGUGCUUCCCAUCUUAUUAACCAUUUUUUCUGUGAUGUCACACCAUUGCUAAAACUUUCCUGCAGCAGCACUUUUAGUGUGGAACUUUUCAUUUACAUUGAAGGGACAUUGCUGGUUUUCAGUUCCUUCCUCCUUACUCUGAUCUCAUACAUAUUUAUCAUCUCUGCUAUCCUGAAAAUACAAUCCUCAGAGGGGAGACAAAAAGCCUUUUCUACCUGUGCUUCUCACCUGGCCUGUGUGAUAACCCUUUAUGGGGCAGUUUUGUGCCUGUAUAUGAGACCCACCACAAGUUAUUCUCUAAAGAGGGACAAGUAUUUUUCACUGUUGUACUUUCUCUUGUCCCCUGUGAGCCCAUUUGAUGUACAACGUUACUGUGCUUUCAAGCACCAUUUCUAUAAGUUCUGA